AUGGGCCGGUUUUCCGAAGUAAUCAACGGAAGGCGGUUGCACCGCCUGCUCACGCGACUGGCCAUCUCCUUACUUCUUGUGGGGCCCCCAGGCGCCUACAUCAUCAGAACUCUGAGCGCUCGGAAAGCCUCCAAUAAGUACACCUGUUUUAAUAAAAACCACCGUCACGUGACGUCGAUUAUCAAGUCCUUCAAUCAAGCCCUUGCUGCCAAACUGGUCACUUCUAACCAUCAACUAAAGCUUCUAUUCGAUGACGACGAUGCCUGGACUGAAGUGCUCCCGGAUGUGUUCGUGUAUUCGGCGUUUUUGGAGAAAGGUGAAAUGGGGACAUGGCAAAUACGCUUGAUCAGUGUUGUUCGAAGCAACCUCACAGUGAUACGUCAAACACCUCAAGACAUAAAGUGCUGGGUCAAGGCCCGAACAGCGGUGUAUCGUGAAAAAGUAGAAUACAAAUAUAUACCAGAAUCCCACGGUUUAGCCUAUGCAGCCGUCCUUUUCACGUGUCCCGUAAACCUCCCGUCCCAAUUCAGACACAAUUCAACGUUGCGAGUUGCUCUAGGGUCCCACUGGAACGCGACUAAACCGAAAUGGGUAAAAGCCCACCAGACGCGAACCAAGUCCCUCAAGUUGUGCUCCGUCUGCGUAAAACCAACCUUCGCAAAAUUUAACGAGCUAUCUUUAAUGACGGAGUUCAUCGGUUACUACACUUCUAUGGGCGUCGCACGCUUUGACUUUUACAUAUCUGGCCUAUCCAAAGGAGCCGAACUUCUCUUGUCUCGUCUGAAGAAUCAUUCGGGCGAUCUAAUCCAGUUGCACAAGUGGAAUCUUAGCUUCAAGACGUUUGAUAUCUGGCAGAAUGGGCAACUUGCCGCUAUCCAGGACUGCAUUUACCGCUCACGAUCACUUUCGGAGUAUGUCAUAAUCGUAGAUUUUGACGAAUUUCUUGUCCCCAAGAAGAAGCCUACUAUUCUCGAAGCACUUCGCAGCAUAGAGACAGAAAUCGGAAAGAUAUAUUUAGGCAGCAUGGUCAUUCAGAAUCUAUUCUUCUGCACCGAGUACCCUUACAACUCUGCCUUCCUCCGACAAAGGCCUCCCCUGCUAACACAAAUUGCGACCAUGCGUGAAAAGAUGCCUUGGAACCACCGUGUUCGAUCCAAGUACAUCACCAGGCCUAAAGCCACGGUCGUUGGAGGAGUCCACUUCGUGUUUGAGCAUGUUCCAGGUGUCCGGGAACUUCGGAUCCCUGCAGAUGAGAUGGCACUGCACCACUAUCGAACUUGCUGCGGAGUUGAGAAACCGGAAAAUGCCGGGCUUGAUCUGCACAAAUCUAUGCUGGAACAAGAGGUGGAAGACGACGAGUCUAUGCACGCGUUCUCGGUGCACCUCAUAAAGUCGGACGCCUUCUUGUUUGUAAACACUCUCUUGCAGGAUGAAAAGAAAGAUGAACCGCUCUAUGCAGCGUGA